AGAGAGACUGGGCGAAAAGAGGCGCGUCGUGUAUGGUCUUGUUGUUGUUGUACUCAGCGGCAAGUCUAGUCGAAUUUCUCUCUCAUCUCCGCUGUCGGUUGGUGCGAACGUACAGUCGCGUUUCUACGUGCGUAUUCACCGUGUCGUGUCAUAUGGACGCAUCGCGCCGUUGUCGAAUACGCGGCGGUACGUUGGCGGGAAUGUGAGAAUGGGGGAAUGCAGGAAUGCGGGAAUUCGGGAAUCUGAACCAGCUUGGCCGCGGAUAAACGAUAAGGGGGUAAGGAAAUCGGCAGUGACGAUCGUAGGAUUUAUCCAUCAAAAAUAAAUGCUCGAAUAAUCGUUUAUCGAAUAGCUUUGUCGAUACAAAGAUUUGCUUAUUCGGCGUGACACGUAUGAUUCUCUCUAUCUAAUUUUAGGAUAACUCGCGCGAUAAAUCACGGUAAAUCGUUUCGAAUGUCGAGGGGUGGAAAUUGUAGGACGAAACUAGAAUAUAAAAGGAUUAGGUUAGACGGAGUAAUUUCUUUAUUGCAAUUCGAUGAACAUUGUGAAUUGGGUGGACGAGAAGACAGGAAGAAGGAGGUAACGAGGAGACGGCGGUGAUCUAUUUGUGGAUCGAUUAGUCGCGUGAAAAAAAAAGAAAAAAAGAAAGAAAAAGAAGAAAACUGUAAAAAAGGGAAACCAAAAAGUGAGAUUCGAAAAAAGGUGUCUUGUACAAGGUACUAGUGCACUUGGGAAUAUCGAAAUGGUGGAAGAAAGAAAGAAGCAAGGCGUCGUUGAAAUAAUUACGAACCGUAAGGCGAAGGGGCACGAUAGGUUCGUGUCCGAGAAUUAAAAACGCUGCUGGAAUAAUUCAAAUUCAGGAAAAAGAAAGUGUGACGCGAAGAAGAGUGAGAAGUUGUAAAAGAUUGGAGCAAAAGUUGGCGGAGAUUGCGAGGCUCGUCGUGUAAUCGUCGCGUAAUCGUCGCGUAAUCUUCGCGUAAUAGAGAAAAAUGGGAAAAGAAGAAGCAGCGGAAUAGUAACACGACCGAGAAAGAUAAAACGAACGAAAUUUGAACGAUCUAGGUGCGUUUGUGAGUUAAGUACGAAUUUCUGAUGAAAUAAUUAACUUGCGUCUUUCGGUAAUAUCGUAUAUGAUAAUAUCGCAAUUGUGUGUGUGUGUGUGUGUGUGUGUGUGUGUGUGCGUGCGCGUGCGUGCGUGCGUGCGUGUGUGUUAUCGUUGAAAUUUAUCGUUGAGAAAGGGGAGGAACAGCGAAUUAAAUAGAUGGGCUUUCUCUUAUGUAAAUUCGAGAAACGGACAGGUAUGUAAAAAUAAUUCGUAAUUGAUAAUGUGAUAUAGAGGAAGAUAAAAAGAUGAAAAGAUAGAAAAUAUAGGCGUUUUAUAGAAGGCUCUGGUAUAAAAAUAUCAAUGAAAAAUAAGCGAAAUUUGCUUUCCUAACACCGCGAAUAAAAGAUAAAUUGGAAACAUCUCGGAGCAAGAAACAACGAGGAAGAACGAGGAACAGCAAGGAAAAAACUCGAAGCUUCGAAUCGAAAGGAAAUAUGUAAAAUACGCAGUAGGAAUGGAACUGUAAAAUCAAUCGCGAUACUUGGGAAGGUGAGAGAUUAGCAGAGAGAUUAGUUUGCUGCACCUGCGCCGAUAGGUUAUCCGCUGGCAUGUGACGGAAUCACGAGAAGAUUUUGAUCAACGAGAAAAAUUUGAGAUUAAAAUUCAAGUUGUCCUUAAACUGACGCUGCUGCUCUAUCUGAUUUGGAAGAAUAGAGCUACCUUGUAAUUGAAGAUUAUCCGAAUGCAGUUAGGUGCGUGCAACACGUUGCAUUAUGCGAUGGACGCGACAAUUUAAUCGAUCGGAGACGGCUUACACGAAUUGUACGAAUUGAAUUUUACGAAGAUCGACGACGAGUAACGACGAGUAACGACGAGUAACGACGAGUAACGACGAGUAACGACGAGUAACGAUGUGUACCGACCGCGCAAAUUCCAACACACGCAUUAAAAGUUUAUAACACAACGACGUCUCAUUAACGAACGAAGAUUGCCGAUUCGACAAACGAUUCUCGUGAAAAGGCGGUUCUCGUUUGUACGUUUAUCAUUUCCACUUGUACCUUACUGUUUUCUUCGUGUCGUUUAACGUUAGCAUCGGACCGUUUCAUUAUUAUUUACCACCACGGUGAAUUUACGCGAUAAAGCGAUACAUAUAGAGAAUAAUAUAAUGAAUAGAGAAAUAAAUAAAAUAGUAAAGGAAGAAAAGCAAAUAAAUAGAGAAACAAAGGAAUAACGGUGGAGAAAGUAGAGUGUAUUUGGUCAAAUAAUUCCACGUAUAACGGCCAGAAGUCGUGUGGGUUCUUGGAAAAUCCGACCGAGGAUGAGACUUACUCGAGUCAAGGUCUCCAAGUAUACAUAGCAGCAGAAUCGUCGAGCUCCGUGCUUUUCAGAGUUUGUUGGAAGUUGUGUGGACGAGCAACGGUCAUUUUGACGCUUGUCGAUACUUGGGUUCGCGAUUUAGAUCCUUUCCUUUUUAAUUGAUCAACGAGUUUGAUUGGCUUAACAGCAAUUAACGGCAAUUAACGGCAAAUAACGGCAAACAACGGGAAAUAUUCGUUACUAGGCUUCGUACAAGCUUAAUAUUUAAUACUUCGUUCAACGUUCAAGUCGAACAUCUAGUUAAUUGAAAUAUCGAAUAUCUAAUUUAGUAAGGUACCAACGUCUCAUCUUUAAUCGGAAAAAGCAGCAGUUGAGUGGGAUUUUCAACGGAACGAUGUUGGGUGAAAUCGGUGAAAUUAUGCAGCGAUCAGUUUCGAGAUAUUCAAAGUGCUGUUCGUGUCCGACGCUAACGAGAAAUUUUCUUCUUUUGUGGUUGUUGUCUCUGUCAGCCGGCGUCGCUUGUUCCUUCAACAAAUGUUGCCCAUUUGGAGAAGUUUUCUCAGGGAUGUCGAAAGUGGAUUGCGUUGCGUCGCCACGUGCUCCGCAAAUCGUUGCCAGUGAUCCUACUAACAAGAACGUAACUUACGGCCAACUUCCCAUUUGCCAGAAGCCUGAAUACAUUACCACUCUGUCUCUUGAUGAAAUCAACUCGGCUGAUAUUUUACAGAGUCCGUACUGUAUCGAUAUUCUGUACAACGAUAUCACUCGGGUCGUUGUUCCGACGCUCGUGCACUGUAAAUCGAACGAAGACAAGGAUCGAACACGUCCAUUCCCAAAAGCACCAUCGUUAUCGGAAUUUUUAAACGUCAGAAAAUGUUGCUCGAAUAAUACAGUUUUUAACGUAGUAACGGGAGGCUGUGAAUUCGAUCGUUAUUACUCGAAAACGAACCAUUUCUUGCCGUUACUCACUGAUUACUUACGGGAAAACGAGCAUUUUCCGAACGUGGAGUUAUUCCUGCUUCAUACAGGCAUGCCCAAAUGUUCAUCAGGCGCGAUCUUUACGCACGAGAUCGAUUCAGCAGACAUCAUCAAUGGAACUUUACAGGUGACACUGGCGACAGGGACAAACGAAUCCACGGUGGAGAGUUUCUCCAUCACCGAACGAAACUCCUGUCUGGAAUUGAUGCCGCACUUGCGAUCGAAACGCCGGUUCGUAGUCCGUGUGUGUAAGGAGGUAGAAUACUGUCGGGACCACCGAUGUAUACAAAAAUGUUGUCCGACGGAUGCGGACGAUGGCGGCAGUUACAUUUGCCCGCACAUUGCCAAGUCGGAGAAAAAUUUCUACGAGGAAAUCUCGAAUAUUACCGGAGGAACUUGGGAUAUGACAGAAUACGGUGUGCGGGUUGGACUCGAUUGUUCUAACUUUUACGAAGAAAACAUGAACGGUACAUACGGUUUAACACCAAACGGAUUCCUCAAACUCACUCCGUCAAUCUGGUUACCACCAGACAUGUACUGCGUGGACAGUCUGGUUACCGACAACACCGACGGUUUAUUAGCUUUUAUCUGCUUCUUGAACGAUGGCGACGAUGCAGCCAGAUUGAUAAUUUCCUCUAUUCUAAUGGGAACUAGCUGUAUCUUUUUAUUUUUGACACUGAUCGUCUACCUUUCCCUACCGGUGCUUCAGAAUCUGCAUGGUAAAACUCUGAUGUGCCAUAUCGCGAGCCUUUUGGUAGGUUACCUUUGCUUGACUGUAAUACCUUGGAUAACAGUGGAAAAUGACAGUGUUACACCGUGCGGUAUAGUAGGAUACAUCAUGUUCUUCUCCAUGAUGUCGGCGUUUUCCUGGUUGAACGUCAUGUGCUUCGAUAUAUGGCAGACAUUCGGGAAAGUACACAGUAUCAGGAGUCAAAAUCACAACAAAAGAUUCCUGUUAUACGGUGUAUAUGCGUGGGGCGUGUCGAUGUUCAUCAUGUUCAUCUGUAUCCUGAGUGACCAGAUGCAUAUUCUGCCGGAGAAUUUGAGGCCUGAAUUUGGUUUAGAAAGCUGUUGGUUCAACUCACCUAUGGGACACGCGGAAUUAAUUUUCUUCACGGCACCAGUCACCAUCCAAUUGAUAACGAAUAUAGUGUUCUUUAUUCUCACGGCGAAGGAAUGCAACAAGGUGAAAGCUGAGAUAAGCAAAGUUUCGUCUUUAGACGUUAGGAGCAAACGAUUUCACAGUGACAAAACUAAGUUCAUCAUGAACGUGAAGCUAUUUGUCGUCAUGGGUAUGUCCUGGAGCGCCGAGGUCGUCUCUAAGUUGCUGAAAACAUACACCGGAGUCCAGUACCAGGAUGAAUUAUUCUAUGUGACGGACGUGGUGAACAGUCUUCAAGGUGUUUUGAUAUUCGUUUUAUUCGUGGUGAAGCGACGAGUUCACAAAGCAUUGAAGAAACGACUAGGCUACGGUUCGAAGAAGAAACGCGAAGCCAGUUCGACGCUACAAGAUCCGUACAGAGUUGUGUCACUUCGCCUUUCUCACGAUUCUCGUCUCGUUUAUUAUCGUUUACUAUCGUUUACUAUCGUUGUCAUUUUAGUAAUUAGCAAACGUUUCUCCAACGACGAGAAAUGGAAUGUCGUAGGGGCGUGCGAAACGACUGAAAGAAAUUCGUUGCCGCCGAAAAAGGGAACGAAAAGUAUUGCAGCGAAGCAUUUGUAGAUCGCUACGUUAAGUUUCGGCAAAGUUUCAACACAAACAAGCUUGUUUCAACUUUUUGUAAGAACAAGAAUUUAUCGCGUAGUCGUAAAAAUUAAUAUCACUCGUUGUUCGCGGAGCUGUUUACAUAAAUCUGACAAAACAAACUUCUACUACCUUUUUCUAGCUUUAGUAGCUUUUCUACCGUAUAAAGCUGAUUUUCAACUAAAUUUAACGAAUCACAUAAAAUAGCAUAACCUUUAUUAGAGUCUGAUCCAUCUUGUCUAUCUUAGCAACGACAGAUAAUACGUAAUACUAGCGAAUAAUAAAUAGGAGAUAGUAAGGUAAAAACGGGCCUAAAUUCUAACGAAGCGAAAUUUUUAAAUAUGUCCUGCUGAUAUUCGUUAUUCGUUAUUCGUUAUUCGUUAUUCGUUAUUCAUGUUUCUCCGUGUGUGUAGCUGUAACUGUAACUGUAACUGUAACUGUAACUGUAACUGUGUGUAAUUGUAUUAUUUCUAUAUACAUAUAGGUUAUACUAUAUA